AUGGCGUCGACGAAGAAGCCCUACCUGGGCCUUUCCGGAGGGUGGCUUACCUUUUGGAUCAUGGUAGCGUGCACUACGGAUAUGAUGCUCUUUGGAUACGACCAAGGCGUAUUCAGUGGCGUGGUGGUGACAGAAGACUUUUUAAAAGUUCAUACUCUGGUCGGCCCCUCGAGAACCAAAUUACUUUCGACAAUCACGGCAAUUUAUGACGUUGGUUGUUUUCUUGGUGCAAUUUUAGCAUUUACCAUUGGCGAAAAGCUAGGCCGCAGGAAAAGCAUCAUCCUGGGCACUACUGUCAUGGUAAUUGGGACUAUUCUCCAAGCAUCGUCAUAUAGUUUGACCCAGAUGUUCAUUGGCCGGGUUAUUCUAGGCAUAGGAAAUGGCGUCAAUACAGCUACAGCUCCAGUAUGGCAAACCGAAACGGCACAAGCUAAGUGGAGAGGAAAAUUACUUAUACUUGAGAUGGCGCUAAAUGUGUUCGGCUAUUGCCUUGUCAAUUGGAUCAACUACGGCCUAUCGUUCCAUGAAGGAUCCAUUGCCUGGCGUCUGCCGAUUUCCUUGCAACUUUUCUUCAUGUUUAUCCUAUUUUUGACAAUCCCAUGGCUCCCAGAGUCUCCAAGAUGGCUCAUGGCUCACGGUCAUGUAAACGAAGCACGAAACGUACUUGCAUGCAUCGAGAAUAGACCGACUAGUGAUCCUUAUAUAGAGACGCAGUACGAUGAGAUCAGGUUCAGCAUUCAGUACGAGGAGGAAAACGCAAUCGGAUGGCGAGACAUGUUACGUGGGAACAAGGGGGAUGGUACUAAAACACUCCGUCGCUUAAUCCUAGGAGCUGGAACCCAAGCACUUCAGCAGUUUCAAGGGAUCAAUAUCAUGAGCUAUUAUCUCCCUCUGGUCCUCAUUAACUCAGUGGGACUUUCUAAUAACCUAUCGCGGCUUCUAACUGCUUGCAACGCAACUUCUUACUUCUUUUCCGCUUGCUUUGCAGUGGCUUUAGUGGAAAAGUUUGGGCGCCGAGGUAUGAUGAUCAUGUCUGGGUUAGGCCAAUUUGUUGCGUUCUUGGUGAUCACCAUCCUGUUACGGGUUGCAGAAACACACAAGGUCUAUGCCACCGUAUCGGUUGCUUUCUUCUUCUUGUACCACGUUGCCUUUGCAAUAGGAAUGCUGGGUGUUCCAUGGCUAUACCCAACUGAGAUCAAUUCGCUUCCCAUGAGAACUAAGGGAGCUGCUGUUGCGACAGCCACAAACUGGAUAACCAACUUUGCCAUUGUCGAGAUUACGCCUAUUGGGAUUCAGAAUUUAGGCUGGCGAUUCUAUAUUGUGUGGACCGUACUCAAUGCGGCCUUUGUGCCUAUCAUAUAUUAUGCUAAUUACCCACGGGAAGCAAACCGCACCCUAGAAGAUGUGGAUGCAUAUUAUCGCUCAAAUCCGGCUUUGAUUGUCAUCAAGGACCCAGAUGCAAUUUCCACAAAGCGUCCGAUCAAAUAUAUCCAGCAUGAAGAUGAAGAGAUAAUGCGGAAGACAAACAACAUCACCUUGAAGUUAGAUAAUUCUGUUUUGUCGGAACACAUGAAUUAU